CAAAUAAAAACCUCUGAUUUCCCUCAUACCUUUUUAGCAGCCCCUUGGACACCCCACCACGGAAUUAAUAACUUUUUCAGUAGAGUAUGUCAACCUGUGAAAACGGGAUAUUAGGAAAAAACUCUACUCAUUAUUAUUCUGAGACCUUUAAUAACACUUGGGAUGCGACUGAUGCACCGUUGUGCGGCUUGCCAACAACCAACAUAAAGUUAUUACUUUUCAAGCGCCUCGCUGAAAAGGUACAAGAGAGACAAGUAGAUCAAAGAGAAGUAUCGGAGGUUUCUAUCAAGAAACUCUUUGAAUGGGAGAAUCAAAACAAACAGGAAAAUUACCGCAAAAAAGAAAUUGUUGAUAUUACCAACACCGAAUUAGACGUUAUUGAGUAUAGAAUUAAAACACAACAAGAGGAGUUCGAGAGACAUAAAUUGAAGCUUGAAAGAAACAAAAUUAAGAAGAUUUUAAGUUGUGUUUAUUACGUCACUGAAGAAGAAGCCUCGUACGCUCUUAAAGAGUGUAAAAACGAAGAAGAAGCGAUACUCCGCUUGUCGGACAACUCGCUAACUUACUUAAACGAGUUACGUAAAAAAAUCGCCUUUACUUCAAAGGCCAUCCAAUUGGAAGCGCCGUCGCCGAUGAAAAAAAGAAUGAAAGGUUCGAGGAUUGCCACCCAGCUGGCCAGGGAAAAACUUGGCACGUACGUCCGCUCCCGCUUGUCGCUUAACGAAGCCAUUCAACAGCUAGAAAAAAGCGCUAACUUGGAUGAAGCCAUGAAAGAUUGGUCGCCCGCUCGCAUUAGAGCCUAUUUGGGUCGAAAAGAGAAUCCGAACGCAUACUAUUACAGAUUUAAUGAUCCGGGAGAGAAGCAGAGAAACGGGAAAUGGGAUGCGCAUGAGGAGAAGCUCUUUUUUACUCGACUGAAGGAGCUGGGGGCCAACGGGCAGUGGGGCAUCUUCAGCAUGGCCAUCCCGGGGCGCGUGGGCUAUCAGUGCUCCAACUUCUACCGAAAACUUCUAAAAGAAAAGCGAGUUGUAGACUCCAACUACUUUUUUGAUGAGAAGGGCAACUCACAUUACAAGUUUAAGGGCAAGGACGGCAAAGAUUUUACCAAGUCUUUCAAGCAAAAGACCGGCGAGGAAGAUUUUUACAACGGAUCAAAGGCAUCACGAGGGGCUUCCUCAAGGGGAUGGCGGAAGUUGGCUGAGGACACUUCAUCCGAUGAGGGAAGCGCCGUGGAGGAUGAUUGGAAGCCCGAUCGUAGCUUCUUUACCACCAAGCGAUUGCGGCUUAAGCACGGAGAGCUCAACGAGGACGACAAAGCUGAAAUCCCUAACCCGCUGCCCAAUUUUAUUGAUCCUAUAACUCUAGAGGAAGUCGUAAUGCCGGCGAUAUCCCCAGCUGGCCACGUCAUGAGCUAUUCCUCUUGGGUGCAGUGCAUAGAGAAUAACGGCUUGUGCCCGCUGACCAAGCAGAGGGUGGAAACUCGGGAAUUGGUGGUCCUGACGCCUGAGAACAUCAAUGAAUACAGACACAAGAUUGUCAACCAUAUGUGAGCUGAGGAGGCCAUUAAACAUUUUUAUUAAAGGGGCAGGUCGGGUCUAUCCGCCGCCACUCCGAAGCUCGUUCAUUGUCUGUUCCAGCUGCAUCCGCUUCUUCUGCAUUCUCUCGCCUGCUCAGAAGGACAAAUAAGCAGGGAUAGGUCUCUGUACAGUUUGUGGACCAGUACCCAAGUA